GGCAGAGGAAGGUACCCACAACGAACUCACUUGUCAUAGCCCACUACCGUCCAACCGGGAUACAGUUGACAUUCAGGGACGGGCUAAUUCGCAUCGCGAAAAGCUUUGAGGGGAGUCAGUCAGGCAGCGUGUGAGCGUGCAAAGACAUCGUUGCAUUGUGAUCGCAGAGUUAGCGUGAGCCUGCGGCCUUCUUACAUCCGCGCCUGCUAUAGGUUGAAGCGGGCGUCUAGGUGCCCUUGCAGCCAUGAACCCGGCCCAGUACAAGCAAGCCAUGCGGCAAAGGCAGCUGGAGAGGCGGGCGGAGCUACUAGAGAGGUGCGAGGGUCUGGGUUUCACACAUCCCCCUCGAAAAGGUAAAGACUCAUCAUCUGUCAAAGAGUCUUUUGACGUUGAUAGCGCAAGGCAUCAGCAGCAGCACGGCCUCUUCGUGUCGAAGCUCAAGCUCCACGGGGAAGACAGCGAGGGCGGCUCCGCAGCAACGUCUCUUGCCAGCUCCGCCGGUGGUGGCGGGAUGGUGGAAGGUUUUGGCGGACGCGGUAGCCAGGAAUUUGACGAGACUCGCUUUCGUCGUGACGAAAAGACUCCACAAGGACGCUUAUAUCCCUUCUACCGUGUGCUUGUUCUCUCUCAAUAUAACGGCGCGGCUUCAACGUUGCUUCCUAAGCUUGGGCAAGUGGUGCUGCACUCAACCGAAGAUGGCCUGAGUCCGUUGGCCCCGGGUCCUUUGUCGAAUCCCUGGGACAGCCUCGGCGACCAGCUAGCCGGUUUCGACAAACAGGCAGGCGUCAAACGCACGGAGACAGGCGGCGGCAGCGAGCCCCCCAGCGACUUGUGGGACGAGGGCAAGGACGGCUUGGGCUUCGGCAAUGAGCUUCGCCAGCGGGAACGACAGCCGCGGGGGGCCAGGGUCCUCGAUUGGAACGACAAGCUUCCCGGAGAGACGACUAUUACCCAAGGUGUAAGGCUCUACCUGUCCAGCGUCUACCCCGGCGCCAGUCACGAGGAGAACUGCGCCCUCGUUCUCCACCAGGUUUUGGAGCAGGUGGCCUUGGAGGAGCUAGACGUGCCGGUCCUCAAGACGCGUCACACGAUCAAGAUCGAGGCUUUUUUACGAUCGGUGGUGCUGAGCGUGCCCGCUAAGACGUGGCAGCAGUCGGUACGAGGAGCGUUUGCGCGGACGGCACCUGCAGGGAUGACCGUGCCUCAGGGACAUGGUCACCAGAUCUCCAAGGAAGAGCUAACGUUCCGCAUGAGCUUGUUCGUGGCGAUGAUGAAGGCUGAGAGGGAGGGCACCGAUGAGGCUGACAUCGCGUUGGACGCUAUGCGGGUGGAGUCCGUGGUGAGGGGGUACGCCGCAAACGCGGCGGAAAUAUUGCCGCUUCAGCGCCCGGCCAGGACUCUGUUGCCGCCGCUGCUGUUCUGCAUGGCGUGCGAGCUGCUCCACGUCCGCUUGCUGGCCCCGGAGGUCCGAGAAGUCUGCCGGCAGAUCGUGACGGACUAUGAGGCCCGAGCCAAGCUCUGGAUGAGCCCGGCGCAGAACGCGGAGCGGUUCUUGCAGCCCUUGGUCAUGGAGUUCGCCUCCUGGCUGCGUGCCAACAGGGACAUCUUGUACCAGGGCAGCGCGACGGAGGGCCUCCUGCGAAGCAUCGACGAAGGGCUUCGCAGCAGCCUAAAGAACCAGGUAUACCGAUCCGCGGAGCACUUCCUGGAGGUGCUCAAGUCAUUGUCGUCGAGCUUGACGGACAUGCCUCUGCCUUCGUACGACCCUUCCGGCGGGGAUGAUCACCCUUUCGACGUUUCGCAGACGUUGAAGGAUGUGAGUCGGGAGCGAUUCGACGUGAACAAGGUACCGACCGACCCAUCCCGGUGCUGGUCUCAAAUCCAAACCUUGCUUCUGCAAGCCGCUGUUCAAGACCAAAAACAGCAGCAGCAGCAGCAGCAGGAGCAGCAGCAACAAGCGACGCCCGGUAGAGUGGCCAGGCCGCCCGAUGCCGCCGCCGUUCAGCCAGACACAGGGGGCGCGCGAAUCGUUAUCGAUACCGCCGCCGCCUCCGCCACUGGUACUUCUACUGGUACUGGUACUGUAAAACCCAAGGGGGUCAAGGAUGAAGUGGAUGUGAGGCCUCCAAGAAGCGUCCCUGCAGACCAAGAGGUGGAUCACACGUCCAGGGGACCCGGUGGCACUCAUUGCUGCGACGCUAGCCCGAGUGGGGUGAGAGUGCCUGGCGAGGGUGGCUUUGGCGGGGGCCCCGUAGAAGGGGGUGUAGGGGGCCCUCCGAAGGAUGGUGACGGUGCCGUCGCCGCCAAGUCGGCGCUGGAGACGUACGUGGACCAGUGCGCUUGGAGGGUUCUUCAUGCAGCUUCUAGGACGGCGUCUGGUGGGGACUCGUUCUUUGUUGUUCAGGAUUUGUUCGGCGGGGAAGGUGUGCUCGUAAAGAUGGCCACGGCGCCCACCGAGCCAAUCAGGAUUCGCACCAAGGGCCUGGCGGUGAGAGUUACGACGGUGGACAAGCACGACAUCUACCACAUCUCCGACGUAGACAUGACCACAUGCGAAGCCUCCCCCCGGCCUCUGAUGACCAUCACCACCACAAUGAAGGAGAUUAUCCAGUUCGCGCCGUUUGUUGAGCAUCCGGUGCUCGUGCGACGUAAGUCCGGGCUGAUCGCCCAAGGGAAUGGUUCGGUCAUCCCUGCGGAACCCUCAAAAAGGCAGCAGCAGCCUUCGCAGGCCAGGAGUGGAAGGUUCAUAACCAUAUCGGCGGAACUUCCAGACUACCCAGAGGCCCACCUAGACGCCUCUGCGGGACUGCUGCUAGCCUCAUCCCAACCGUCCCCUCCCAACACGGAGGAGCAACUGCACCCGCCGGUGUCGGUAAAUGUGAAAGUCAGCAACCUCCACGGCGCUGCCGCAGCAGUCGCCUCGCCGGCAGACAGCGAGGACGCUAGCAGCGUCACGUCCAGCCAGGCGUCCGCAAACAGCCGGAGCAGCAACAUCCUCCGCAGGCGGCCGUCGGUGUUCAACGCGCCGCCGCCAUUGCCGACACCCUCCGGCUGGGAGCGGGGAGGAGAUAGUUCCGAGUCCGAAACGGACACUUCUUCGGAGGAGGAGGAGGAGGAAGAACCUUGUUCUGUCGAGAGAGUCUCAACCAGCGAUGGGGAGGGGAGUGAGGGGGGGAGGGGGGGGGGGGGCACUCUUAUGUUUUGC